CGGCACCUUCCAUUCCCGGGAGUGAUUUUCGCCGUAGUUUCAAAACAAUGUGUGAAACCCUGCUCUGCAGAAACAGUAGCCUCAGUAAGUUUAAGGAUGACUGAAGCUAUUUCUUCUCCUGGGGAGGUUUAAAAGCUACAGAGGAAUGAAUGGGGUUAGACCUAUCACUGCAUUUCUAGCAGUCAUCCUAUUACAGCACUGAAUAAAAGCAGAAAUGGCAUGUCUAGCCUAGGUUAAUAAACCCUACCGAGUGCAUGCCUUAAAAGCACUACGAAACAGCCUUAAGUCAGCUUGAGAUAACUAAUUUCAAGCAUGGCUGUCUAGUGUGCCUGUCAUUCCUAUUGUCCUUCCAAACUAUUUCAGACAUUUUGAGCAGACAAUACUAAGCUAUGAGUUAGCAGGGGUUGUGACAUUAAUGGUCCAAAAAGGUUUAAGCACCAGGAGGGAACGAUGACAGCGCUUAACAACUGGUGGCAGUUUGAAGGAUUCCGCUGGAUCUCUGUUUAUUAUUAAUUAGGCUGCGCCUCGGAGGAAGAUGUGACAGCUAUCGAAGGAGCAAAUAGCAAGCACACAGCAUUGGAAAUCAGUGAGCAGCCCAAGACGGAUGAGAGCAGCUUUCCAGCACGCUCUUGACUUGGGAAAGCAAAUACCACCCAAGGACAAAGUGUGCUGUUAGAGGUGACGGAGGGAAAGGCUGGGAAACCCCUGAUUUCACACCAGCGCAAGCAAGGAUCCACAGGGUUGAGCGAGCACGGGAGAAACAGCUGCACUCCUGCUUCCAUACAGUCCUGGCAUUUUGGAAAGUGAAGGUUGCACAGCCAGGUGCUGCCUAUCCGUGCACCGAUCAUGGGCUCGGCACAAUAGUGGGACUGCCCCAACUCCAAGCCUGCUUCCCUGCCCGACUCCUGCAGUUUUCUUCCUAGGAGCAGGAGAAAGGAAUGAAUAUUGGCAAGUGACAGUGAAGGCACCGAACCCUCACCGAUUAUCCUGCCCUCACAGGGAUGGCCAUAAUUCCCAGGAGGAGCCCAGGCAGCCAGAUUGCGUCAACGGGCUCUGGAGGGAGUCCGCAGCCAGUACUCUUCAGAUGGGAACAUAGGAUUUGCAACAUGGGGCCCAAGAGAGAUGAGAAGCACAGCAAUGGAAAAGGAAAACAGAAGGCCUCAGCACCCUUCACGCCUUCAAAGCUGGUCCUUUCGUCGUCCCACUGCAGCAAGCAAAGCCAACACUGGGCAAUCCUCUAAAAUGUUUAUUUGGACCAGUGGCCGGAGCUCUACAUCUUACAGACAUGACGAGAGAAGAAAUAUUUACCAAAAAAUCAGGGAUCACGACCUACUGGACAAAAGGAAAACAGUCACAGCCCUAAAAGCGGGAGAAGACCGGGCCAUACUCCUCGGGCUGGCCAUGAUGGUGUGCUCUAUCAUGAUGUACUUUCUCCUGGGAAUCACCUUGCUGCGGUCUUACAUGCAAAGUGUCUGGACAGAAGAGGCUCAGUGCUCACUUCUCAAUGCGUCCAUCACAGAAACCUUCAACUGCUCAUUUAGCUGUGGUCCAGACUGCUGGAAAAUCUCCCAGUACCCAUGCCUCCAGGUGUAUGUUAAUCUCACUUCUUCUGGCCAGAAGCUUCUGCUCUACCACACAGAGGAAACAAUGAAAAUUAAUUCUGAGUGUUCAUACAUACCGAAGUGUGGCAAGAAUUAUGAGGAAUCCAUGUCACUAGUGAACGUUGUGAUGGAGAACUUUAGAAAGUACCAACGCUUCUCCUGCUUCUAUGACCCUGAAGGCAUUCAGAAGAACGUGAUCUUAACAAAACUGUACAGCUACAACGUGCUGUUCCACUCCCUCUUUUGGCCCACCUGCAUGAUGAUCGGUGGGGUUGCCAUUGUCGCAAUGGUAAAGCUGACUCAAUAUCUUUCCCUCCUCUGUGAGAGAAUCCAAAGGAUCAAUAGAUAAAAAUGAAAACUUGGAGAUUUAAUUACAGCAAAAAUACUGUUUUCUCAUUCUUCACCAAAGAACCUUAAGUUUGUAAUGUGCAAGUCUGUUAUAAGUUCCUUAUUAUAUUCUUAUAAGUAGAGCAAUAAUGCAAAUGCUGUUCUAUAUGCAAACAGGAUGUUAUUAUGCAGACAACUGAAAGAAAAUACUGUUUUGUGUUGACCGUCUAUAUGAUCUUGUUUUAUGCUGAGACUAGUACUUCUUUCUUUUCUACAGCCAGAACAGAGCUCAAUGUGACAAUUUGCCAAGCUUAGUCAAUUGACGUUUUCAAUGUAAAGGAUUCUGGGUAAAAUUCACCACUGGACAAAGGGCAACCAACCACUUGCGCAUCACUGAGGUCUAAUAUCUGGCUUGGUCCAUUUGAUGGAUUUGUGGCUUUGGGGUUUUUUUUAUCAAAUAUAUAUAUAUAUAUAUAUAUUGAUGAUAGGAUUUUUUUGUGGCAAGAUGGCACAAAAGGGACAUAUUUCGAGGCCAAGAUAAGCAUACAGUAUUUUCAGUCUCAGCAGGACUUGGUGAUGCUUUGUGUUUGUUCCCUCAGUUCAGAAGUAGAUUUUACCCUAUGGCAUUUAAGGUCUUUUGGAAAACACUUCAGAGUUUUAUUUUAUUUAGUGCUAUAAUUUUCUUCUGUCUUAUCAAUAUCAUCUUUGUCACUUGCAGAAGCUGUAGCCAAAAGAAACAAAAAUCACUUGUUCCAUUUUCUAUUCUAGUCUGAGCCCUAUUGAUGGAGAUGGGACCAGAACUCCUUAUGUAAAAGUUUAUUACUCAUUUGUCUUGUAUUUGCUACCAUAUCACUGUAAAGAAAAAAAACACAAUCAGCUAUUUUUUCAUUUUUUACUUCCAACUAUUUUAGAUUUUUUUACUUGAUAUAUAUACAGAUAUAUAUAUAAAGAAAAAGCUAUAUUAUA